GAAAUGCGUGAAGUAGUGGCCACAUAUUUUUCACUAUUUAUGCAUAUUUCAAAGCUGUGUGAAUCUCCCCAGACUCUUAUUAAUCUUCUCCAUUCCCCCAUUUACCAUUAACACUUUCUAUAUUCUUAUCCAUCAUGUCAUGAAUGCACUACACGAUGUACAUUUUAUUCCUUCUAAUAUGUUUUUAUGAUUUUUUUCUCGUUUUUUUAGGCGAGGAGAGAUGUUUUAUUCCUCAAAAAAAUCACAUCACAAAGUCAAAAUUAUGCAAUAUCCAUCCACCCAUCCAUUUUCUUUGCUGCUUAUCCUCACGAGGAGUGCUGUAGCUUAUCCCAGUUGUCAUCAGGUACACCCUGAACUGGUCGCCAGCCAAUCGCAGGGGACAUGGAAACAAACAGUCGCAGUCACGAUCACACCUUAGAGCAAUUUAGAGUGUCCAAUUAAUGUUGCAUGUUUUUGGGACGUGGGAGGAAACCAGAGUUCCCACCCGGAGAAAACCCACCCAGGCACGGGGAGAACAUGCAAACUCCACACAGGUGGGGUCGGGAUCGAACUCGGGUCCUGAUCCACCGUGCCGCCUACACGUUUCAACAAAAUUUAAAAAAAGAUUUAAAGCCUAUUUGGUGUGAGCCGCCAAUUCUGCAACCUGAAUUAGCAAUAAAAAAGACAGCACAGCUGUUCAUAAUUGUACAGAAAAAAAAUCCAAAGAUCCCCUUUAAGAGUACAACACAGUACAACCGUUUUCUCGUGACUGUCGCUUGAAGAAAUUCCACACUAUUGACAAAAAUGACAAAGAUCCGAAAAAGAGAUUCCGAUUCCGAUCCUGCAAAAGUAUCUUAGGGCAAAGUAAGGUCAAUUUAGGACGCACAGUUUGUCAGUCAUUCCAAACAGCGCAGCACUCAAGUCGUCAAGGUCGUUUCACAGGUGCCACGCCGCGGGGAAAAACUCAGCGAGAUGCCCUUGAGGCUGUAUGUGUUUAAGGUCACGUGGCAGCGUGGCACCGCCAUAUAUAAACCCAACGGGCGGCCCUGAGCGGGUAUCAGUCCGGGAUUUAGCGAUGAACUGGUUCUUUUUGAGCUUCCUGUGCGCUUCGGGCCUCUGCGCCGCCCUUCAGGUGUCAGCCGGCUCGGAGGAGGAGGUGGCGAGCGUAGCCGUGAAGAGCGUCCUGGCCUCGUCCUCGGAACAGAAUGAGAUCGUGGACAAGCACAACGCCCUGAGGAGAAACGUCAAGCCCACUGCUAGCAACAUGCUGAAAAUGAGUUGGAACAGCGAGGCUGCAGCCAACGCUCAGCGGUGGGCCAGGACCUGCUCCAUGAAGCACAGCCCGGCCAGCUCCAGGGAGAUCAGUACGAGCGGCUGCGGCGAGAACUUGUACAUGGCCAGUUACAAAAACACUUGGAGCAACGCCAUCCAGGCGUGGUACGACGAGGUCAAGGACUGGCGCUACGGAGUGGGAUCGGUCAACGGAGGGGUCGUCGGACAUUUCACACAGGUUGUUUGGUACCGCUCCAACCAGAUUGGCUGCGCUAUGGCCUAUUGUCCCAACUCCCGCUACAAGUACUUCUACGUCUGCCACUAUUGCCCACCCGGGAAUUACCAGUACGCCCGCCCCUACAAGUCCGGACCCACCUGCGCUGACUGCCCCAACGCCUGUGAGAACAAACUGUGCACCAACCCUUGUCGCUACACAGACAAGUACAGCAACUGCCCUGAGCUGAAGCAGCAGCACGGCUGCAACAACAGCAACGUCGCCUCUUGGUGUCCCGCCUCCUGCAAGUGCACCAACCAGAUUAUCUGAGUUGCUCAGACUGAAAUGUGGCAUUGAAUUAAAAAAAAA